UCCAAUGAACAGAGGUUUCCACGCCCACUCGUUCAGGGUGACGUCAGAACAGCAGGGAACACAUUUCUGAACAUAACCGGAGCAACUGAGGGUAACACGUAGGUUAUAUUGUUAACUCCUGUAUAUUUUGUGUUGGUUAAUAAUUCGUCGUUAUUUUGGGAUAUUUCAAAAGCGGUAUUUGUACAUAUUUAUGCGGUCUGUUCAUUAUGCAGUACAGUUUUUUGAGUGGCUAAAGAAGUGAACUGCUCCGUCUGAUGUUACUCUUGUUUCACAUCGGUUAAGUGAAGAAGUCACCAGAUGGAGGUGUCCCACUCUUAACAAACAGUGACCUCUGUGUUCCAACACAUCUGUAUGCGUUAAAAAUAAAUGUAAGGGAUAUUAUAGGGAAUGGCUGUACCUGGACACGCAUUAGACUGUUUCGUGCACUGAGGCGGAGCUCUCCAUUUAUUUGCCUAAAAAGUGCUACUUCUAUAUACAAUGGUGCAUGUGAUCAUACGGAGGUGAAAACAUCAGUCAAUUGAGAAGACACAUUCAGGGUCUAAGGAAACUUUGAAAAAGUUCUGCCUUGCAGCAGAUCUCUACUGAACUGUUUUGUUUUCAACUCUGAAAAAUCCAGAAUCAUAAAAUACCUUCCAUUAUGUACACAUUUGUGCCGGAACGCAUUACUCCAUCAAAACCAAAGACAUCUAAAGAAGUAAAACCCAUGGUAUUUGCUGUUUGUUUUGGCCUAGUUCUUGUAUUUGCUGCAGUUGCUGCAUGGUGUUACUACAGAGUUUCCCUUCGCAAGGCAGAGCUGUUAAGAACCGAAAAAUUAAACUUAAAUAAAGAGGGCUUUAUUAUAAGGAAUCAGAAAGAAGAUGUCGUCUUCAGGGUGGCAUUCAGAUCUGGUGCCUUAGACCUGGAUUCUUGUAAUAAAGAAGAAAAUAUUUUAAGAUGUUCAAGAUCAAGUAAAGGGAAACUCAACUUUUUCAUCAUGACUGUAAAGCCCAAAGAUACAAUAACGUGCUAUAGAGUACGUUGGGAGGAAUUUGUUGCAGACACAGUGGUUGAGCAUGCCAUGUACUGGGAAAAAGCACAUUGGUAUGGUGGUAGUGAAAUGAGCACUCAGCACUGGCCAAUCAAACUCUCUGGUGAACAAGAACCCAAACCUUUUGUCACCAGUGAUGUGUACUCAUUUCGCAACAGCUCUGGUGGCAUCUUGGAGAGGUACUGGCUGUCAUCUAAAGCUGCAGCUAUUAAAAUUAAUGAUUCUGUACCUUUUCUACUAGGGUGGAAUAGCACCGAGGAGACACUUUACUUUCAAGCAAGAUAUAAAGAUUCACCUUACAGACCACCAGUGGGACAACGGCCUUUCCCAGAAUUGAGUUAUCGUGUUUGUGUGGGAUCAGAUGUAACAUCUAUCCAUAAGUACAUGGUAAGGAGGUACUUUUACAAGCCUGCAAGGAAACCAUCAGAAAGUAUGUUUCGAUAUCCAAUUUGGUCUACUUGGGCACAGUAUAAGAAGGAUAUCAACCAGGAAAAUCUUUUACGUUUUGCAGAAAACAUUAAAAUGCAUAAAUUCAAUUGUAGCCAUAUUGAAAUAGACGACAUGUACUCAAAGACAUAUGGGGAAUUUGAUUUUGAUCCAUUGAAAUUUCCAAAUGCAACUGAGAUGUUCCAGAAGUUGAAAGAAGAUGGAUUCCAAGUAACUUUGUGGAUCCAUCCAUUCAUAAAUUACAAUUCCUCAAACUUUGGAGAAGGAAUUGAAAGGAAGCUUUUUGUUAUGGAACCAACUGGCAGACUUCCAGCUUUGGUGCAGUGGUGGAAUGGCAUAGGUGCCAUACUAGAUUUCACAAAUCCUAGUGCAAGAGAGUGGUUUCAGUACAAUUUGAAGCAGCUGAGAGUAAAAUAUGGUAUAGCAUCUUUUAAAUUUGAUGCUGGAGAGUUUAGCUACCUCCCUGAACAAUUUAGCACUUUUAAACCUUUGGCAGAUCCUAGCACAUUUAGUAGGAGGUAUACAGAAAUGGCCAUUCCUUUUUAUGAGCGUGCAGAGUUGAGAGUUGGCUAUCAGUCCCAAAAUAUAUCAUGUUUUUUUCGCAUCAUUGAUCGUGACUCUGUUUGGGGGUAUGAACUUGGCCUUAAAUCUUUAAUUCCUACAGUUCUUACCAUAAGCAUGCUGGGAUAUCCUUUCAUAUUGCCGGACAUGAUAGGUGGAAAUGUUUAUCAAAACAAAACAAGUGGGUCAGAUGAUCUUCCUGAUCGAGAGUUGUAUAUCCGCUGGCUUGAGCUUUCUGCUUUUAUGCCAUCAAUGCAGUUCUCUAUCCCACCAUGGAGGUACGAUAGGGAAGUUGUUGAAAUUGCCCAGAAAUUUUCACAGCUGCAUGAGUCUUUGGUGGCGCCUCUUGUGCUGGAGCUAGCGGGAGAAGUUACAGACACUGGUGAUCCCAUAAUAAGACCUCUGUGGUGGAUUGCACCUACUGAUGAAGUCACAUAUACUAUAGAUUCACAGUUUCUCAUAGGUGAUACUUUAAUGGUUGCACCUGUUCUUGAGCCAGGCAAGCAAGAAAGGGAUGUGUACCUUCCAUCUGGCAAGUGGCGUAGUUACAAGGGAGAAAUGUUUCAAACAUCGGGCGCCUUGCUGACGGACUAUGCAGUUGACUUGGAUGAAGUGGCUUAUUUCACUUGGGCAUCAUGAAUCAUGUCGUUGAUGCCAAGAAACGUUAAAACAGUGUCUAGGAGGAGUGGGCUGAAACUUGCAAAGAUAGAUAUUUUUAUGAGCAGUUUUCUCAAUUUUAAGUCCUCCUUCAGUAACACUGCAGUUUCAAAGAGAAGUGCUCUUUAAAAAAGGCAUCACUGUUUUAAUAAGCUAUCGUUUUACAUGUUUAUAACCAGCUAUUUUUCAUAUUGAAAUUCAGGGUGCUGCUUCUUUGAAUUCAGUUUAAGGAAAUGUAAUUUAAUGGUACGAACAUGUUCAUUAUCACCUCCAGUGUUUGGUAUGAUGCAGAUAUGGAUAUACUUUUUAACUUUUAUGUAAAUUCUGUGUGGGAGAGGCACAGUGAAAAUAGGAACUUUUUUAAUGAGGAAAAAAGUAAAACAUUAAAAAUUUU